UCUUCUUGUUGAUCCCUCCACAGGAAGAUGUAAUGCUGAUGCACCAUAUAAUUUUCUUUUCUGAAGGGGCGCCUUGUUUUGGUAAUGGUAAGCUUGUAUUUUGUAUACCUUCAGAUAUUAAUUCUUCUUGCGGGUGGUGAGGAAAGAAAGAAAAGAAUAUUCUCAUUUUUACGUCUCAUUUCAACUUUUUCCACCACUUCACCGGUUUUGCUUUUUUUGAUAAUUGUUCAAAAACUUCCGUUGUGUCCUGCCACUUUACAUAAAGUAAUCCCGAAGAAGUGCAUCUGAAUUGAGAUUCCCUUUUUUUGCAGCUUGUCUCCCAUAGUUUGGUACGUUCUUGCGAUUGGCCAUGUAAGUUUCCCAAGGCUGCAUAGUCUAGUGUAAGUAGCAAAUUCACA